AUGACGUGGACGGCUGUGGUCGAAGUGUGGCAUCGGCAGUCCGAUCCCAUUGUCUUGAGCGAUGGGCUCGGGGCUGUGCUGGACCACCCACAAACCCAUGAACAACAUGUCGUGGGUGUUGUACAUGAUUCCCAGCUACUAGUACGUGCUGUUUGCGUUUGCCGAAUGCCUCGUCAACAUCCCGUCGUACGACAUCUUCCACAGCAACAUGCCGUCGCACUGAAGUGCACGGGGCAAGCCACGAAUUCGUACAUGCUGGCGAUGGGCGACAACUUGGCGUCGAUUUUCUCGCUCAGGUUUGCCGCAUUCAUCCCAGACGACUUGAACGACAGUCACUUGGAGUACAUGUGCACAUUGGCAUCACUGGCGUCGCGAUUGUGA